AGGCCUAGAUAGAAAAAUUUAUUGAGCAGCUGGAGUUUAAUAGAAUAUCACUAAGUAAUUCGUAUAGUCAUAUAAAUUAUAUGUGCAUAUAUACCAGUUUAGUCGGCUGUUUCUAACAUAUCAGAUAUAUUUUUCAGAGCGCUGAGGAGGGAAGUAAUUUGAAUAAUAAAAGGAGGUUAGGCCUGGCUUUUACAAUUGGACAAUCGUGGGAUGGAAAAGAUCUUGCUCACCAAAAAGCGGAAGUAACUAUUAGUAAAGGGAAUGGAAACCACGUAGUGAUGAAGGUUCGAGCCCCUUUCUACAAUGAUCCAGCAGCACCCAGUGGCCCAGCGGGGCAGCCAUUUCCACAACUAUGGGAUUAUGAAGUUGUUGAAGCGUUCUUUUUAUCUGAUUCGGGGAAAUAUCUGGAAGUUGAGCUUUGUCCCCACGGUCAGCAUCUUGUUCUGAUGUUAGAUGGAAGAAGAAAUAUGAUAAAGGACAAAUUACCUAUACAAUAUACAAGUAAUAUUGCGGGCAAUGAAUGGACUGGGACGGCAGUUUUACCGGCAGAUUAUUUCCCGCCAAAUGUUUCUAAAUUUAAUGCUUACGCAAUUCAUGGGUCAGGAGAUAACAGACAGUAUGAAGCCUAUAGGGCCGUGCCGGGAGACCAGCCAGACUUUCAUCGACUGGAGUAUUUCGCUAACGUUGACUUUUCGUCAGUUCUUCCACAACUGUCACAUGUGUCGCAGUACUGGCAACAGAAACCCGGCUCGGGAUAAAGCCUGUUUAGACAAUUUCAUAAUAUUUAUUAAUUUAGAAAUAGUGGGUAUAAUAUUCUUAACUGCACUGUGAAACAAGAAUAAAAUGUUUGACCUA